CAGAUUUUGCACAGAAGCAAGUUAGCGUUGCUGCAGACUUCGCUACGCGUCCACUUCAGUUGGAGGUGUCCCAGUUCGAAACUUUAUUUGUCCAGAGAUUUUUGUUUCCACAUUUAUGACCUUUCGGGCGGAAUUUUAACGUUUUGUGCAACGUUUCUCAGAGGUCAGCAAAGAUGUCAGACCAACAAGCUCACGACAACGGGGGAUAUGUCAAUGACCCCAAGGACAACAGCUUGAAGAUCAAGGCACUGCCCGUUGCGCCUCCUCUCGACGAGGAAGACGAUGAGGUGGAUCUGAGCUUCGGCAUUGGACCGUUCCGAAGCAAGCUGCUCGGCAAAUGCUUCUCGAACAUGUAUGUUUUCGUCGUGUGCGCUGGGCUCGCUGGAAUGGUGUCAAGAAUGGGACCAACAACUAUUUCUGGCCACAAAUCUCACAUCCCAUUUAUAAUUGGGCUUUGCGCUUUUACUAACGGCCUUUUGCUCAUGAUACCAGCCUUCGUCCAUUUCGCAAAGCCGUACCACUUGCCGGGUAAGGAAGCCGCAGAUCCUCAGCAGAUGAUGAUGAUGCUGAUGACGCAGAUGUGUGUACCGCCGACCAACGGUUCAGGAAGCAUACCAAUGAUGCCGCCUCGAGAUCCCUGUCGGUCGGCAUUGGCAUGAUUUCAGGCACCUUCUUCAGUGGCUUCCUCAGCAGCCGCACCAAGUCUAAGGGCGGCCUGGUUCUCAUCAUGGUUUUCGCCUACCUAGCGGCUGCUGCCAUUACCCCUGUCGUGUUGGCCUUCCCUUGUGACACCGUCAAGUUCCACGGCUUAGACGAUGCCAAAUAUGGCAUACCAGUAAACGGCAGCGAUGUCUGUAGCUGCCAAAACGGAUUUAUCGCCCCUGUGUGUGGCGCGGACGGCAACACCUACUACUCACCCUGCUACGCUGGAUGCACGGGCAGAACACCUGAUAUGAUGAUAUAUCCUGACGGGAAUGGACACGUCUGCGUACGGCGGUGCCUUCCUGGUGGUCUGCACCAUGUACCUGGUCACUAAGUACCAGGACAGGAAAGAAAGGAAAAAGAAGGCCAGGAAACAGCUGUCGGUCAUGACCCCGCCAUCAGUGAAUGUCUACAAGAUGUAAUGAGCAAGUUUAUCUUGUUUAUUUGUGAUAUGUGAAUACAUGUAUCACAAAGAUGUAAUAAGCAAGCUUGUCUUAUUUGUGUUCCGUGAAUGUAAUGAGUGAGCUUUCCUUGUUUUGUUAUCUGUGUGAAUGUGACCAAGAUGUAAUGAGCAACCUUGUCUUGUUUCUGUGUGAAUUUUAACAAAAUGUAAUGAGCGAGGUUGCCUUGUAUUUGUUUUUUAAUCUAUAAAUGUCACCAAGAUGUAAUGAGUAAGUUUGUCUUGUUUAUUUGUGAUAUGUGAAUUUCUUCACAAUGUAACGAGCAAGCUUGUCUUGUUUGUUUAUUAUCUGUGUAAAUGUCACCAAGAUGUAAUGAGCAAGUGUGUCUUGUUUAUUUGUGGUAUGUGAAUGUCAUCACUAUGUAACGAGCAAGCUUGUCUUGCUUGUUUAUUAUCUGUGUGAAUAUCUCCAAGAUGUAAUGAGCAAGCUGGUCUUAUAUGUUCCGCGAAUGUCACGCCUUAUUUGUUCUUCGUGAAUGUCACCAAGAUGUAAUGAGCAAGCUAGUCUUGUAUGUUAUCAUUUGCGAGACAAUAUUAUUGACCUUUUAAAAUGUUUAUUAGUUAUUAAAAACCAACCUAUGGA